UGAGACGCGAAAUAAAGCCCCUACCACGGCUUGUUAUUGCUGGAUAAGCGCCGGCCCCCACGAAGCGCUCACAGUUCCGCGCUGCUCCGCGCUGCUCCGCGCUGCUGGAAAGGUUAAAGGAUCGUCGUCGAGCGAGCGGACGAUCGCGCGACGACAACUCUGCUCCGUCGAAGGCGCCGAGGCAGGCAAGGCAAGAAGGGGUUAUGAGGCUCCAACGGCACCGCGGACGCGCCGUUAGACGAUACUUCCGCGUUAUCCCGGACGACGUGCGCGACGGCCUCCACCAUGGCGGAGAAGUGCAAGGAAUGUGGCUGUAAGUGCGGCACCUGCGGACAGGACGGUCGGCAGCAUUGUGAUAUGCAUUUGCAUGCGGAGAUAGAGAACUUGCGCCAGCGUUUAUUGGAGAGGGACAACCACAUCGUGACGAUGGAGACGCAGUUUCUAAACGAGGCCGAUAAGUUCCCGAACGGCGAAUUGGCUUCCACGAAGGAGGAGCUGCUGAUAUGGCAGGAGAAGUACUCGCGUCUGCACGAGGCCCACAAGAGGGUUCAGAAGGUCAAUCAAAAUCUCGAGGACAAGCUGCUGCGAAUAGUCGACAAAUGCGAGACGGAGAAGGGUGCCUUCACGAAGGACAUUGCAACCUUGUCGCAUAGAUUGGCGGAUGCAAAUUUUACCAUUCAUCGGUUAACCCAAGAUAACGAGAAAUACAGAAACGACGUUAGUUUGGCGAUCCAAUUGCUGCAGUGCAAGCCUUCCAACUUCGUGGGUCAGAAGUACGACUCGCUGCCGUCCGAGGUGCAGGCGAAGGUGCGCACGUACGUCGCGCAGAAGCGGUGCCCGGUCGACGCAGCGGCGCAGCCGACGUCGUCGGACGUGAAGAGCAUCACCGUGCCGAUAUCCACGUUCCCGCCGACGGCGAUGGUGUACAACAUCACGAAGCCGACGACGGAGAAGCACAGCGACGACGACGACACCGGCGGCGGCGUCGGUGGCGACGAGUGUAAGCCACCGGUGGACGUCGUGUCGGCCGCCAUAAUGGCGAAGGUGCUGGAGGACCGCGAGAAGGAGAGGAUCUUCGCGAAGCACUGCGACACGUGCACGUGCCACAGGAGCAUCCUCAUGGUAGACGCGGAGACGCAGACGACCUGUCCGCCUGCCGAUGAUCAGCAACAGACGCAACGCAACCGGAACCUCGAGAAGUCGCACGCGGAGACGCCGAACGAGAAGCACCAGCAGAGCGCGGACAAACUGCCGGCGAGCUCCGCGCACACCGUCUUCUACGAGAUCAACGAGAACGUCGCGAACGGCGAGAGGCGGCACCACGUGAUGAACGGCGACUGCGCCGCGAUUUACGCGCAGACCGGCAGGAACGGCAGGAGCGCUCCUCACCAGGAUCGCCCGACCGAGGAGAACUGCGCGACGAAGGCCGGCUUGAACAAGAAGAGUUCCUCGCACGAGGCCGGCAAGCGUUCGCCGUCGACGUUCUCGCGGCUGAACGAUCUCAACAGGUUAAACGCGGACAAGGCGAAGCCGCUCAGGACAGCCGGCGGCAAGAAAUGCGAGCCGCUCGAGGACGGAUCCACCGCGAGGAACUGCGGCAAGAGCGAGAGGGGGGGCGGUAAUUUCGAGCACCUCGGCGGGGCGACGCUCGCCGACAAGGAACAGACGCGCAUCGACAUCAUCAACGACCGGCUGUGGAAGAACGAGUGGACGAAGUGGAAGUCCGAGGUGGGCGGCAGGGACGGCAGGUGCCGGGCGAGCCGCGGCGGCAUCGAGCUCGACGUAAUCAACGACCGCGACUGGAAGAACGACCGGUCGGCGGAGGCGCGGAGCGCCGGGCAGUUCACGCUGAUCGAGGUGAAGAGCCCGGACAACGGCGACAGCCAGACGGAGGUGGCGACCAGUCCGAGCUUCAGCAGCGACAGCAUGGUGAUCUCCAGCUCCGACCCGUCCAGCAGCUGCAGCGACGUCGCGCAAUCCUCGACCGGCGGCACGGUCUUCAACAACCACGCCAAGUCCGUCGGCCGCGUCACCGGGCCGAGGAACUGCCUGGUGCGCGUCACGCCCGGCUCCAAGAACAUCCUGCUGGACAACGCCGGGCAUUACAAGAGCGUGCUAUACAGCAGCACCGGCAAGGCCAGCACCGCCCUGGUGCACGCGAAGAAGGCGUCUCGGGCCGGCUCCGAGCGCUCGGCAUCGACCAGCAGCGAGGACAACAACUCGCCGGUACUGUUGCAGGACAAUCAGCUGCAGCGGGUGGCCGAGUGGGUGCAAUCGUCGCUGGACAACUCGCACGCCGGCAGCAACGGCGAGAAGUGCGGCCCGUCCGUACGUCCGAACGAGUCGAAGAGCAAGUCCUCCGGGCGGGACGCGCCGAAGAAUGUCGAGGGUUACCGCGAGAACGGCGCGAGCGAGCCGCUCUUGUCGGCCGCGCGGGACAACGGCGGGAAUCUCGUUACGUUCGAGACGCUGGACGAGCACCCGUCGAAGGAGCCGCGCAAGAGGAACCUGGACUACGAGGUGAAGAUCACCAAGGAGAUGGAGGAGACGUAUCUGAAGCUGGCGGCGAGCCUGGACCCGGUGGCGCUGAGCCUGUCGAGCUCCAACGGCACCGAGCUCACGAUCGAGAAGUACCGGAAGGAUCACAGGAGGCUCCAUCACGUACAGAGACUGCAGGACAAGGCGGGCUCGAAAGCUUGAAUGUGAAAUCUCGGCGAGACUCUUCGAUGAUUCGCUAUUGAACUGUAUCAGCAGGGGAGUUCCUUUAAAGAUAUAACAGAGCGUUAUUUUUUGUAUACCGUAUUAACUAAGUAAGGCUGUACCAAGAGACGAAUAGCUUUUAGGGUGAGGCGGAGAGUCCUAUACACACACACACACUGCUGCUGCUAAUCGGUUUCGUCCCGUUGUUUCCGUUGAACCGGCGCGACGAUCAAGGUGCAACACGGCGCAGUAAGUCGGAAAUGCCGACGUCAAUAACGCGAUCGGUGCUCGAGGAGCGCCCGGUCGGCAAUAACGACGUGCUGAGUCGCACGAGGACUGCCGUGAUUUUCAGACACUGUUCGUCGCGGUUCUUAUCGGCCGAUAUUCUUUCUCGCGCUCGAGAAAACCAGCUCAAAGCUGGGCGGGAUGUGGAAUCUCAACGCUGAUAAGUCGACCACGCCACGUUGACUGCGCUGGUCGUUUCAACGCUCGAUUCAAGCUUGGGUCGCCAAGUGUGUGCGAUAAGGUCCAUGGUGCGCAUAACGACGCAAUUGACCGAUCACAGUCGGUUGUUCUUCGACCAUAGGGAGAAUGAUCGACUGUGAUUGGUCAAUUUUCCUACUGCUCCAGUCUCACCGUUUAUGUUACUGUGUGCAUGCCGUGGCUCUGAAUAAAUGCCUGCGGAGAAAAGCAGUUUUCUAAGCGCUUCGAGAUUACUGUUUACGGCUGGAGUAUUCUUCCGGAUCUUCCGUAAGCCCAGAAGGAUCUACCGAUCAAAAGCAAUAGUCGCAAAGCGCCUGCUAAACCGCUUUCUUCGCCGAACGCGAGCAGUGCGAUUCGCGUUUAUUUAAUUUCUUGUACAUAGUUGCUUACGUUUCACACUUAAGUCGGUGAGACGAGGAGGGCGACAUUGUGGUGCCGUUCACUGAUAAUCAUCAUGGCAGUCGACGUGUCAGUCAAUUGAUUCGCGGUAUUGUUCGCCUCUAAGAACCCCCGUCUAUGUGUUGUUAGCAUGUUGAUAAUUAGUCAUUUUUACGGUGUACAUAAAAUGAAUUUUCCGAGCUCGCUUCGCUCGAGAGAAAGAGAGAGAGAGAGUGAGAGGGAGUUGUGUACAUUGGAAGCGGAUAAAUAUACUGAUUUAUUUGAUCUCAAAUUAUGUCACGCGCAAAAUAUCGAUAUGGUUGCUUAUUAUCGAGAUACGCCGUGUUGCGCAUUAGAACUCGCUACUGGAUCCAACAAGCGCGCUUCUAACGAGGAUUCACAACGUAGUGAGGCAUAUUUAAGUGUACGUUUAGUUUUCAACGGUUCUCUCGCAACGGAAAAGUGUAAAUGAAAAAAAAAAAAAAUAUAUAUAUAUAUAUAUAUAUAUAUAUAUUUUUUUUUUUCCCCCUUAAAGUCGAAACACGUACACGCGCGUUUGAGUAUAGAAUAUAUAUUAUAAAACGACAAUAUUGUAAUUAACUUGCAGGAACUCCUAGGAAGUCUUGUUUCGGCAAUAUGUUACUUUUACGAAGUCCAUCGUUGAUGGAGGGAAUUAAUUUCGUCUCGUGAUAUAACAAGUAUCCACAUCCGUCAUACCAAAGCUAGAUAUCACUUGCGAUUAAGAAUCUUCUUUAACUCUUUGCACACGUUAUCGCCCUCGACAUAGCGUUGAUAUUACCCGUCGACGGUUCGCCUGUUUCGCCGUCGUGAUGUUUGAGACUAACAUAAUAUUCUCCGUCGAAGAUACCGAGGAAACAAGUGCUUGAAAAUUUACUCGUGGGAUAUAAGGUUUAUUUCACAAAAAUAAGGUUUAAUUCGCAGAAAUAGAAGGUUUACUUUUUGCGAAAUAAACCUUAUAUCCCACAGAUAAAUUUUUAAAUAUUUUCUCUCAGGUGCGCUCAGCUACUGUUACGAUUUCGACCGUCGCGAUGUCUCUUACGUGGACGUCAGAUCUCUCUCUCUCUCUCUCAACGUUUCUUGCCCCAUCACUAUGAACGACACGUGUGCAAAGGAUUAAACAACGGUCGGCUAAUCCUUUCACAGCCUUUCCGCCGACGCGUAAGCGGGCGUAAGCGUAAUUUAGUAAUUUAUCGCUAAUUAUUUGUCGCGGCGUUACCGGAUGGUCCCGUUUACGGUCCGUAAAUCCGACUCUGUGUUGAGAUUGCAAUAAGUUGACGAAGGAGUCGAGCACGAAGAAUCGUUAUACGAUGGAUAACCGCGUCUCCGUUUUCUCAAGGAGACAUCCUCCGGGCUCAAGUGAUUAAAUCUCACAUAUAUAUACACACACAUACAUAUAAAUAUAUAUAUAUACACAUACACACACAUACAUACACACAUAUAUAUAUAUAUAUAUAUAUACGCUACUUGACGCGCGUUAAUUUAAACCGAUUGGCGCGUCGUACAGCGAGAGAUCGCUUCCACUUGUGCAAUCUCAGCAAUCCGUAGCCUUGCCACUGGCGUCACGUGCCCGAGACAAGAAUGUUUUGUGAUAGUGCGUAGAGAAAGAAAAAGAAAGGGAAAAUAGGAGGAGAGAUUCGCUCGACUUAUGUAACGUUGGUCCGAAAGCGCUCGUCGUCGCAUUCCACGCGCGUUAUUUGCGGAGACGCGUGAUCGCGUAAUCUCAUUGCGGCGUUUACGCAAUUAACCGCAGCUCAGCUUCAGUGAUAUUGACAAUCCGACUUAACUAACUCUGGUUUAAACGUCUCUCGCAACUCCCGCGCGGAUUACGGUCUCACCUCUGAUACAGAUAAGGAAGGAGGUUAAAUCAAAUCGAAAGAAGGGAGAGGAAAACACUAAGGACGACUUUCGUCGAACACUUUGGCGAGUCAUCGAAACAAAAAUCCACCUUCGUCGAACUCUUUGGCGAGUCAUCGAAACAAAAAUCCACCUUCGUCGAAUAAAUCCCUUUCUCUCUUA